UCACUCUGCACUGCACCUUCCUGAUAGUUCUCUACUUUCUCUUCAACCCUUUCACCCCCAACCAAAAAGACACCAUCUCCGUGUCUUCCUUCUUUUCAUUUUUGUUUCAUUUCCUUCCUCACUCCUCCCCCAUGGAAACCCAGAAGAAACGCCCUCUUCAUACCAGCACUGCCGUGAACAUCCCCGCGUCAACCGCACCGGCAUCGGGGAAGACCAUUGAAGAAAUGUACCAGAAGAAGACCCAGCUCGAGCACAUCCUUCUCCGGCCCGACACCUAUGUGGGUUCAAUCGAGAAACACACGCAGACCCUGUGGGUCUACAAUGACAUCAACAAUGAAAUGGUGUAUCGCCCUGUGACCUACGUCCCGGGGCUCUAUAAGAUCUUUGACGAGAUUCUCGUUAAUGCUGCCGACAACAAGCAGCGAGAUCCCUCGAUGGACUCGCUGAAGGUGGUGAUUGAUCCCGAGCGGGGCCUCAUCUCUGUUUUCAACAACGGAGAUGGCGUCCCCGUUGAGAUCCACCAGGAGGAGAAGGUGUAUGUGCCCGAACUGAUCUUCGGGCACUUGCUGACCAGCAGUAACUAUGAUGACAACGUGAAGAAGACCACUGGAGGCCGUAACGGAUACGGCGCAAAGCUCACGAACAUCUUCUCUACAGAGUUUGUCAUCGAGACUGCUGAUGGGAAGCGCCAGAAGAAGUACAAGCAGGUGUUUUCAGACAACAUGGGAAAAAAGUCUGAUCCCGUGAUUACCAAAUGCAAAGAAGGUGAGAACUGGACCAAGGUAACCUUUAAGCCAGACUUGGAAAAGUUCAAGAUGGCGGAGCUUGAAGAAGAUGUCGUUGUUUUGAUGAAAAAACGGGUGGUUGACAUGGCUGGCUGCCUUGGAAAGACGGUCAAGGUUGAACUCAACGGCAAGGCGAUUAAACUGAAAUCCUUCCGCGAUUAUGCCGAUCUUUACCUGAAAUCCGCAGAGAAAUCCAAACCAGCACCCCUUCCUAGGAGCUUUGCCAAAAUUGGUGAUAGAUGGGAGAUUUGUGUGAGUCUAAGUGAUGGACAGUUUCAACAGGUCAGCUUUGUUAAUUCCAUUGCUACAAUCAAGGGUGGGACUCAUGUUGACUAUAUCACCAAUCAGAUCACAAGCUAUGUGAUGAGCAAAGUGAAUAAGAAGAAAAAGGAUGCCAAUGUCAAAGCACACAAUGUGAAGAAUCAUUUGUGGGUUUUUGUCAAUGCCCUUAUUGACAACCCUGCUUUUGAUUCCCAAACUAAAGAAACCCUGACAACUAGGCAAGCAAGUUUUGGUUCUAAAUGUGAUGUUCCGGAAUCAAUGCUGAAGGAAGUUUCAAAUUCCGGAAUAGUGGACAUCCUCUUAUCAUGGGCAGAUUUUAAACAAAGCAAAGAUCUGAAGAAGUCAGAUGGAACAAAGACACAAAGAAUUCGUGGGAUUGUGAAGCUCGAAGACGCCAAUGAAGCUGGAGGAAGAAACUCUGAUAAAUGUACCCUGAUACUAACAGAGGGAGAUUCUGCCAAGGCACUUGCAAUGGCAGGUCUCUCUGUUGUCGGCCGAGACCAUUAUGGUGUGUUUCCGUUGAGAGGAAAAUUGCUGAAUGUACGGGAAGCCAGCAGCAAACAGAUUCUUGAGAAUGAAGAGAUUCAAAAUAUAAAGAAGAUUCUUGGAUUGCAGCAAAACAAAGAAUACUCAAGUGUCAAGUCUCUGAGAUAUGGUCAUUUAAUGAUUAUGGCUGAUCAGGAUUAUGAUGGUUCCCACAUCAAAGGGCUACUGAUCAACUUUAUUCAUUCUUUCUGGCCAUCACUGCUGAAAGUUCCUUCUUUUAUGGUUGAAUUCACCACUCCCAUAAUAAGGGUUAGUAUUAUUAAGUACUUAAGUUUAUAUACUAUUUUAUUGAACUUCCUCUUCAACAUCAUACUCAUACAUUUCUUUUGCUUGUCUACCCAGGCUUUUCAUUCAAAUGGGACAAAAUUAUCAUUUUAUUCCAUGCCUGAGUAUGAAUCAUGGAGAGAAAACUUGGGGAACAAUGCAACUGGUUGGAAGAUAAAGUACUAUAAGGGUCUGGGUACAAGUACUCCUCAAGAAGGGAGAGAGUACUUCAGAGAUCUUGAUAAGCAUAGAAAGGACUUUGUCUGGGAUGAUGACCAGGAUGGAAGUGCAAUAGAAUUGGCAUUCAGCAAGAAAAAAACUGAAGAUAGGAAAACCUGGAUUCGAAAUUUCGAGCCUGGCACUUGCCGCGAUCAUAUGAUGAAACAUAUCAACUACAGAGACUUUGUCAACAAAGAGCUGAUACUGUUCUCCAGGGCAGAUCUUCAAAGGUCCAUUCCCUCGAUGGUUGAUGGCCUCAAGCCUGGACAACGGAAGAUUCUUUUCUGCUCAUUUAAGAAAAAGUUGUUCAAAGAAAUAAAAGUGGGCCAAUUUAUUGGUUAUGUAUCUGAGCACUCUGCUUAUCACCAUGGUGAGCAAAGUCUUGCUAGCACAAUAAUUGGAAUGGCACAGGAUUUCGUGGGCAGCAACAACAUCAAUCUUCUUAAACCGAAUGGUCAAUUCGGUACUCGUAACUUGGGAGGCAAAGAUCAUGCAAGUGCUAGAUACAUCUACACUGAACUGAAUCCUAUUACUCGCUGCCUCUUUCAUGAGGAUGACGACAAGCUUCUUGAAUACUUGAAUGAGGAUGGGAGGUCAAUUGAACCGAGCUGGUACAUACCAAUUAUCCCAUUGGUCCUUGUCAAUGGUAGUGAAGGUAUUGGAACAGGCUGGAGUUCUUACAUUCCCAAUUAUAAUCCUAGGGAAGUUAUUGCCAAUGUUAGGCGAAUGUUGAGUGGUGAAGCAAUGCUGCCAAUGGAUCCAUGGUAUAGAGGAUUCCAUGGAGUCAUUGAGAAAAGUGCCAAGGAAGGUGGCUAUAUAGUCAAUGGUAUGACAGAGGAAAUAGAUGAGCAAGUUUUCAGGAUCACAGAGUUGCCUAUUCGUCGAUGGACUCAAGAUUAUAAGCAGUUCCUUGAAUCUGUAACUGAUGGAUCACCUAACGUCAAGGAUCCUCUAAUCGAGGAUUUCAGACAGAAUGGUGAUGAUGCAAUUGUAGACAUAGAAGUCAGAUUGAAGCUUGACAAAAUAGCAAUGAUCAUGCAAGAGGGUCUACUUAAAAAAUUUAAAUUGACCAGCACUAUCAGCACAAGUAACAUGCAUCUUUUUGAUGCAGAAGGGAAAAUUAAGAAAUACGACACCCCGGAACAAGUCCUUGAAGAGUUCUUUCCACUUCGGCUAGAGUAUUAUGGGAGAAGAAAGCAACAUAUACUGAACAAUCUCGAACGGCUUUUGUUGAUACUGGACAACAAAGUCAGGUUCAUAUUAGGGGUGGUGAAUGGAGAAAUUAUUGUGAGCAACAGGAAAAAGGCUGAUUUGUUGAUGGAGCUGCAGCAGAAAGGUUUCACUCCCAUGCCAAGGAAGGGAAAAUCUGCAGAACCUCAAGUUGCCGGGGCAAAUGAUGACAUUUCAGAAGAACAAGAUGAUGACACCACCAGAGAGGAAACUGCCACUGUUGAAGGAGCAAAACGCGGCGACUAUGAAUAUCUGUUGUCCUUGCCCAUUGGAACUUUAACGAUUGAAAGUGUUCAGAAGCUGCUGGCUGAAAAGGAUGAAAAGGAAAAGGAGUUUGAGAUUUUGAAGGCAACACCACCAACAUCUAUGUGGAUGAAGGAUCUUGAUGAGCUUGAGAAGAAACUUGAUGAAAUGGAUAGCAAAGCUGCUGAGGAACAACAAAAGAGGUCAAGUCAAGGAAACAGAAAGACAUCUAAUCGCGGUAUUUCAGCAGCGGCAGCAGCAAAGAAGCCGCCACAGCCACGAAAGAAUACUAAGAAGGCGACAAAAGCUGAGCCAGAGAAUGAUAAUUCUUCAAUGGAAAUUGAGAACCAUGUUGAGGUUGCUAAACCAAAAGGCAGACCAAAGAAAGCUCCUGCUAAGAAGGUUGUCGAUGAAGAUGAAAUUCUAUCUCUUCAAGAACGCCUAGCUGCAUAUAACUUUGGAGCAUCUAGUGAUCAAUCAUCAGCAGCCAUGGAAGCUGAAGCGCCCCCCGAGGCACCUGCUGCGAGGAAAGGCAAAACGGGUCGUGCCAAAAAGAAAUCGUCAAGUACCAUACUGUUGGACUCUUCAGACAGCGAUAAUGUCGAAGACGAAGAUGACGGGGAUGAUGACUUUGAAAUACUGGACCAGGCUGCCUCCGAAGCAGGGAAAAAGAAGGGAGGGAGAAAGCCUGCAGCUCAUAAGGCAGCGAAGGCACCUGCAGCCACCAAGAGAAACUUAGGCAGCAAGCGAUCUCAGAAACUAUCGACUGAAAUGCUGAAGCCGGCGGAGGAGGAGACAUCGCCGGAGAAGAAAGUUAGGAGGAUGAGGCCAUCCCCGUUUAACAAAAAGAGCGGCUCCUUGCUUGGCCGGCUUGCUGAGAAAGAUCAAAACGCGAGUGAAGGUUCGGCUUCGGCAAACUCUCCUAGCACUACGGAGGAGGAGGUGGUUGAGGUUGCGCCGGUAGCGGCAAGAGCGAGGCCUCAGAGGGCCAAUCGUACACAAGCAAGAUACGUGGUGAGUGAAUCCGAGAGCAAUGAUGAUGAUGAUGGUGAUGACAAGGAUGAUUCUGCUGACGAACAUGCUUCGGAUUUCUCUGAUUUUGAAGAUGAAGAUUAGUGAUGAGUGAAGCAUGUGUAGCUUGAUUUUAAGAAUUCACAAUGCAUGACGCAUGCAU